GAGACCUUUCCGUGUGGCAGACGCCACACUGGCCAUUCGAAAAGGGGGUGGACCGUGCGCCUGGGCACGCCUCUUAUAAAUUAUGGAAACAUGUCCUCCCCAAAAUAAACUGGAGUUAGUAAAACUCAUCAUAGAAUUCUUUAUCACACGGCCGUUGUCUAGUUGUGAAAUCUGUUCGGGUCCGUUUAGUUUAAACAAUAGCAGCAGAUACUUACACUUACUUACAGUUACUGGCGUGACAACCUGCUUGCUAGCUUGCUUGCCUGCCCGAUUACUUCUUGUUGUUCUUCUUCUUCGACAUCUGGUGGCAACUCACUGGUGGGCCAGCCAAAUACUUCUUGAGAUACAAUAAUUAUACCCAUAACAGUGCGUGUUUGUUAUCCAAGCCAGUUAACCAACCAGCCCGUCAUCCAGUCAGCAGACCAAACAUCCAACCAAAACAGCUUACUUCAUAAUUUAUCAAGCUUAUUUGUGAUUCAUAGUUAGUAUUCGUUAUUUCAUUAUCAAUUGUGAUCAAUUUUAUAAUUAAAGUUUCAUAUCUGGCGGUAACGGAGACGACGUAAGCGGCAAAAAAUCGAAGAAAAGAAACGAGAAAUUAUCCAAAUGCCAACAUUCCGACGCUGAAAUUGGGAUAUCACUCAAAUUGGCAAGGAUAUGCGCCAUAUUUAGUAGAAAACCAAGUAACAACUCCAUUUAACUCAAUCCUAAGAAGAAGAAAAAAUCAUUUACGUGUUUUCGCCCAAAUAAUUGUACAUUAAAAAAUUUAAGAAAGCAGUUCCACAACUGAAAACGGAUAACGUUCGCGUGUGCAAUCUCUCUGGAAAAUUAAAAAAAAAUCCAUUAUUAGUUAAAAGGAAUUUUUUUCGACGGCAUAGCAAUAGAAGAAGCCGCCAUUUUUACCGGCUCCAACUUAAAUACCUUUUUGAUUUAUUACUAAUUUGUGUUGUCCUGCUCGAAGGAAGCAGGAUUUGUGCUUGAAAUUGUAUAAAAGUGCUUCAAAAUUUACUCGCCAACGACAUUUGACGCCUCCAGGGCGUUCAAACUAGAGGAAGAUUUCGUGGGAGGCUGCAUGACCAUGUCGAUGUAUUCAUCGACGGAUAAAAUGAAAAUGUCGGCGCCCAGCUGUUUUCCCGGUCGCUACAGUCCUUCCUACCGAAGUUCCGACCAAAUGCGGCGAUGUAUGCCAAAUCCAUCGAGUCGCUUGUUAGAAGACGCAUCCCUUCUAUGCAAUUCAUGGUCAGCACGUCAAAAUGGUGAUAUAUUUGCUGGUAUCAAUGAUGGUAUACUAAGUAGAGCAGAAGCUCUAUCCGCGAUGGAUAUAGGCAAACAUCAAGCAUCACAUGUACAUCCCUCACAAAUGACCUCCCAAAUGAAACAUGAUGUUAUGUACCAUCACCAUAGUAUGGGAGCGCCUCCACAAAGACCAUUGCAGAUGCACCCCACAAUGGAUCAAUUGGAUAUGUUGGAUCCAACGGGUUCGAUGACAACCUUAGCACCCAUUUCAGAAACGCCUUUAACACCUACGCACCAGCACUUACAUGGAUCCUAUCACAGUAUGAACCAUAUGAUGGGUCACCAUCAUCCGAGCGGUUUAAGUGGACAUUCUGCGGGACACCAUGGACAUUCGGCAGUACAUCAUCCUGUGAUAACGGCAGCUGUUGCGGCGGCUGGCCUUCAUCCUGAUACCGACACAGAUCCCAGAGAACUCGAAGCCUUUGCGGAGAGAUUUAAGCAACGAAGGAUAAAAUUAGGUGUCACACAAGCCGAUGUCGGCAAAGCACUAGCGAAUUUAAAGUUACCUGGAGUUGGGGCUCUCUCACAAAGUACAAUAUGUCGCUUUGAAAGUCUCACGCUGUCGCACAAUAAUAUGAUUGCCCUAAAGCCCAUUUUGCAGGCGUGGCUAGAAGAGGCGGAGGCUCAGGCGAAAAACAAGCGAAGAGAUCCUGAUGCCCCCAGUGUACUUCCUGCCGGCGAAAAGAAAAGAAAAAGGACUUCCAUUGCGGCACCUGAAAAGCGAUCUCUGGAAGCGUACUUUGCCGUUCAACCGAGGCCAUCUGGUGAGAAGAUAGCUGCCAUUGCCGAGAAGCUGGACCUGAAGAAGAAUGUGGUACGAGUCUGGUUCUGUAAUCAGAGACAAAAACAAAAACGUAUAGUUAGCAGCGUUACACCCUCGAUGACUGGACACGGAUCGGCGGGGUUUGGUUACUGAUAGCCGAUGUUCCCUGGAGACCACUACAUGUAGAUUUCCUCCUACCCUCACUAGACGCUCGACAACACCCGGCCCCAUACCCGAUGGAUGUGAGCACCCCCGAUCCCACGGUGACCCUGGAGGAGACCAACACCAGCGAGCGUGCACUUAUUAUUUACAUCGAUCUAAAUUACGGAUUCACCCUCAAUAUGCCAACAAUCAAAUGCGAUUAUUUAUGGAACGAUCAAUGCAAACAAUGGACCAACAUAUCAAAUGCAAUAACAUUACAAGUAAAGAUACAUUUUUAAAAUUGAGACCUACGACAUUGCCGUGUAUAGUGAAUAUUAUUCUUGUGCAAGCACUUCGGAAACCUUCAAGGAAUUUCGGAUUGUAUUUUAAGUUUAGUUUUUUUUAAUGAAAGGCAUUGUCGUGGGCUCUAUGCUUCCUUUAGAGUACUACCUACAAAGCAAUUAACUGAAAUUAAACUACGAGAUAAAUGAUACCAACAGAACUGCAACUGGCCGAUACCAUAGAAGAGAAAUGUCAUUGGAACUUCAUGCGAAAGCAGCACUCAAGCACUCGGAAAUGCAACGAAUUUAACAUGUUGCCAAACUAUAUGUAUAACAAUUAUUUAUUAAUUUCAUUGUAGACAUGGGAGGAGAGGAGGAGGCUGUCGAUGAUCACGACAGCGAUGUUAAUGGUGACGAUUAAGUUGACGACGAUCACCGAUCGUCCGAUUCCGAACUGUUAGCAAUUUUCAAUAAAUUUUUACAAAAUACUCCUAAGACUAGAGAUGUACAGAACACAAAAUUUAUAUAUUGAAACUCUACUAUUAGAAUAUGUAUGUACAUAUUCCUAUACAGAGACUUACAUACAUACCAACCUAUGUAUAGAAGCGCAUACGUACAUACAUAUGCUAAAACAUUUAUGUGCGAGAUAGAUUCUCCAGACAUAACACACAAAUAUAAAUAACAACAAUAAACAAAAAGAAAAGAUACAUUUUGAAAAGAGAAAAAGAAAAUUAAUUAAAUUAUCAGAUUAACUUUUAAGUAGUUUUGUAUCUACAUAAGUAGCAAUAAAUUUUAAUACCCCAAUUGAAAUUUUAAUUUUAAUUUCGAUUCCGAUAAGCAGUAUUCUUUACCAUCUAUUUUUGAAUAUGUAAAUAUGUAAUUUGAAAACUAAAAAAAAGAAAGAGAAGCAUAAAAGAAAAAUAACAAAUUAAAGAGAAUAAAAAUCAGUAACUUGUUAAUUUCAAUUAAAUGCUAACCGUAGAUGUACUCCUAUCUAAUAUAGAGGAUAAUAAAAUUUAGUUAAAAGCAAUGGCAUUCAAUUUUCUGUGUCUGAAGACAUUUGAUUGCAACAAGGAAAUCCGCUCUCGGCCAUUAUUUUAAUCAGUUUAAUCAUCAGAAGAAAUGGUUCGAAAAGUAAGAUCGAAAACCUCGUCGCAGUGGCCGAAAAAUGGCUCAUGAGCUGAACAUAUCGCAACAUUCCAUUUGGCAAAUAUUGAAAAAUGAGCUCGGGAUAAAGCCAUUGAAAUUCCAAAAAGUGCAAGAGCUUACACCGCAACAGAAAGAAAAUAGAAUUAAAAAAAGCUAAAGAGUUGCUUCGCUUGGCCGAAAUACAAAAGUGUCGAUCACCUCAAGCAAGCGCUUCGCCGGGAAUGGGCCAAAAUACCGCAGAGCAACAUUCGGGCAGCGUGUGACUGUUUCAUUGGCCGUUUGAAGGCUAUAAUUCGUGCCAAAGUUGACCAUUUCGAACAAAUCUGAACA